GCGCUUCUCCGGGUGGCCGCGGAGCCCCGUCUCUCUCCUGCCAAGCUGCGGCCCGGUGCACUGAGCCGAGGAGUGGCGUGGAAGGCGGCUUCUCCCCCGCCAAAAGGGGCUGCGGCUCUUGCCGCCCUUCCCGGCUCUCUCCACGCCAGCCUUCUCGGGAAAGGGGGCGUUCUCUCCCACUGGGGAAAAAGCAACAACUUCAGGCUCAGAGACCCCUACCCAGUCUGAGCUCAGAUGAGGGGCUCCCCAGUGAAUUAGCAGCACCCAAAUCUGGAUUAUUUCCCCGAGCCAUGGGGGGGGGGGGGGGUUUCCAUUACAAAUAAAUACAACUUUUGUUACUUCUGGCAGCCCUUUAGGGACUUUCUGCUGACCCCAGGACUGAAAAGACGGUGCUUUAUGGCUGAGAAAGAAACGUGCGGCAUGGCAGAAAACCACAAACAGUCUUCACUAGCCUUUGGUCAGGUAGUAAUUGGGCCUCCCGGCUCAGGAAAAACCACCUAUUGUCUUGGCAUGCAGGAAUUCCUGUCUGCAAUUGGGCGCAAGGUAGCUGUAGUGAACCUGGACCCAGCAAACGAAGGGAUUCCAUACCAGUGUGCUGUAGAUGUCUCUGAACUGAUCACCUUGGCUGAUGUGAUGGAGAAUUUGAAACUUGGCCCCAAUGGUGGCUUAAUCUACUGCAUGGAGUACCUAGAAGCAAAUUUUGACUGGCUACAGGAGAAACUGGACCAACUGAAAGGACAUUACUUCUUAUUUGAUUGCCCUGGACAAGUGGAACUCUGUACCCAUCAUAAUUCAUUGAGAAACAUCUUUGCUCAACUUGCUAAGUGGAAUUUCAGGCUGGCUGCUGUUCAUCUGGUAGAUUCUCAUUACUGCACAGACCCUGGCAAAUUCAUCUCUGUUCUCUGCACUUCCCUCGCCACGAUGCUGCACGUAGAAUUGCCCCAUGUCAACAUCCUCUCCAAAAUGGACCUGAUUGAGCAGUAUGGGAAGUUAGCAUUUAAUCUAGAUUAUUACACAGAAGUUCUCGAUCUGUCCUACUUAGUGGACCACUUGGCUUCAGAUCCUUUCUUCAAGAAUUACCAGCGCCUGAACAAGAAGCUUGUAGAAGUGAUUGAAGACUACAGUUUGGUCUCUUUUCUUCCUCUCAAUGUCCAGGUAAGCAAGCCAAGGAAAGGAACGAAUGAAGCUUUGGCAGUACACAUCGAUUUCUCUCCACCAUUUUACCUACACUUGAGCUGCAUAUUACUAUGCUUGAGACCAGGGGUGGCACACAUCUGUUAGUGCAGAAGGAAACUAAUGAAAUUAAGAGGUAAAACGUUAAGCAUAUGCAGAUAACUAGUUCUGAAACUAACCAGUUGUGAGGAUAGUAUCUCUACCAAAACAGAGCUGAAAAGGCCUGUGCCCAGUGGGUGUGCAACUGACUAAAUAAAUACUGGUAGGGAACAGAAUGUUUAAGGACAGGAGAACAGUUUGGGGUCAAUAAAACAGUAAUAUAAACUCCUGGCUGAUUAUAUGCUUAUUCCAGCAUUUAGUAACUAUAACAUCAGGGCAGUGCGAUUGUGUGUACACUCUAUUG